UUAACAAUAACAGAACAAAAGGUACACGACGUACCGGCCCCACCGCGCACUGUUGGCUAUUGCAGAGACUUCUGUACAGUGCCGUGUUGUGUAACGGACGACGGCCGAACGAUCCGCAACGUUGUGCACCGCGAAAACGUGGGUCCGGCGUCGAUUCGGCCGAUCCACACGGUCCGAGAUUAAAACGCGGUAAACAUAAACAAAACGACCGCACGAAACCGAAAACGCACGUCGGUGCUGGAGAGAGGAGUCGCGUCAUCGCGAUCGGUCGGGUCGCGCAUCGUCGUCUAGGCAUACGGUCGGCACGCGCUCAAAUACCGCGCUCUACGGUUCACGUAGUAUUUUUAACAGUCACAAUAGUGUAGGUAGUGCGUGUAUGCUCGUGUGUGUGCGUGUGAGUAUAGUUACCCCUGUCUGCCUCGCCAUGUCCCUGAAGAUAUUCAAAGAGCACGCCGAGUUGUUUCCGAUCCGCGACAUACCCACAGUGGUCACCGUCUUCCGCAGGGAACUGGACAAAAAAGAACCAGACCUGUUGCUGCUGUCACUGGUAGCCGGUGCCAUCGAGAACACCAUGACCUGCGUCCGGCCAAGCAUUGAAGUGCCUGUAGCUGUCACAGCAGAGACGACCUUCGACUUUGAUCAGGUACCACUGAGACUGCCUGAUGUCGAGUUACACAUUAUAGAAGCCCUCUACACCAAGUUCUAUUCAGUCAUCAAGAGCAGUGUAGAUCUGUUAAAGUUUGAUGAGCAAGAUGGGCAUGCCAGCCGAGAGCUCGUGAAACGAGUGUCCGAUGUCAUUUGGAACACUUUGACCAGGAGUUACUAUAAGGACAGAGCACACUUGCAAAGCAUGUAUAGCUAUUUAACUGGUUCCAAAUUGGAUUGUUUCGGUGUUGCGUUUGCUGUAGUUGCUGCUUGUCAAAUACUCGGUUAUAAUGAUGUCCAUUUGGCUUUGUCUGAAGACCACGCAUGGGUUGUAUUUGGUCCAGAUGGUAGUGAAAAUGCAGAAGUUACAUGGCAUGGAAAGGGAAAUGAAGAUAAACGUGGACAAAAAAUUAAAGAUUCUGGACCUGGGCAUGGGUCAUGGCUUUAUGUUAAUGGUCAUCCAGUAAUAUGUAAUAGACAUAUGGAAGUAUCUGCACUAGUAAGCUCUAUUAAUCCAAGUAUUAAUCAAUCUAGUGAUGCUCUGGAAGUUGCAACUCUUCAAAAAAAUCUUUUGUGGCUUCUUUAUGAUGAAGGCCACUUGUCAAAAUUUCCUCUUGCCUUAGGUAACUUGGGUGAUUUGGAAGAAUUAAAUGCAACACCUGGAAGGCCCCCUUGUACAGCCCUAUUUGAGGAAGCUAUUUCAGCAGCUCAAAUGUAUUAUAAUGAUAUGUUUGUUUAUCCAUACACUUAUCAAGGUGGAUAUUUCUAUAGGCAUAACUUGAUAAAAGAUGCUUUUGCGAGUUGGGCCAAUGCUAGUCAAGUUAUAAGCAAGUAUAGUUUUAGUAAAGAUGAUGAAGAAUUAUAUAAGGAAAUGAUGGACAUUGCUUAUGAAUUGAUACCAUAUUCAUUGAAAGAAAUGACAUGUGGUAAAAGUCGAUCAAUUUUGAAUAAUCCACAAUGUUAUGCAUAUGUGUUAUUAAUUUAUGAUGGUCUUUGUCUUUGGGAAGAAGAUGGAACAACACCAGUAUUACACAUUAAAUGGGCAAAACAUUUUAUAAAUUCCAUAUCUAAGUUUGAUGAUAGUGUAAGAACAAGACUUAUAAUUUUAGAACCAAAAGAUUCAGAAAAUGACAGUGCUCUAAAACAAAAUUAUCAUGAUAAAAAUAUGAACAAUAACAUUCCAAUGUCAAAAAUAGUUUUGAACCCAAUACCUUGCAUUGAAGAAACUAAAUCAGAACUUCAUCCUGGCAUUGAAGCACUAACUGCAGCUUGUAGUGAACGUAUACUAAAUAGAGAGUUUUUAUUACAAGGUGGAGGAGAGCCUUUUGUAGGAAGUUCUGAUUCAUUACCUUCUCCUAGUACUUCACCACAAUCACCUAUUGUGGAAACAACAUUAAAAGAUGAAGAACCUGAAACUAAAAUCAUACUGAAAAGUAAAAAAAUGAGAAGUAUGAAGGAUCUUCUGGUUGCCAAAAAAUUGAAUACUCAAGCAAUCAGUUUACAAAUGAGUGCUCAAUCUCAAGGUGGUAAACGACAUGCGCCUAGAGAUGCUACUGAACCAGUGUCCAGGCGAAGUAGACGAAGUAAUAAUUAAAUGUAUGUUUGGCAUACAUCGAACGUAAGUGCAAUUUUUUCUUUGAAAAAUAAUUUAGGUUAUUUCCUAUUCAAAGACUACCAUUAUGUUACUUUUACUUUUAAUAUCUCUUACUAUAUCAUAAUAGAUGGACCCAGUAUUUUAUUUUGAAUCUCUUAUUUAAGAUAUUUAAUCUUGAUAUACUUUUAUAUAUAUUACGGGUAAUUUAGCUAUAUUAGGAAAAUUUGAACUGUGGAUAAAUGAACAUGCAAUGCAUAUUUUACAUGUGCCUACUGAAAAUUAUUAUUUGAUUUUUUUAUGACAAUAUUUUUUAAUUAAAUUUAUUUCUGAAGUUAUUUUUUAAAUUGCUAUGUUUUCUUACUUUUCUACUCUUGCUUCGUCUGUUUUGUAAAAUUGUGAAAGUGUACAAUAUCGGUAUUACUGAUUACCCAAAUGGAUAAUUCCUGUGCUGCUAAAAUUUAAUUUUCUGGUACAUUGUUAAUUUAUAGACAUUUAUUUUUAUAAAUUGUUAGUUUAUAUUUACUGUACUGUUUUCACAGUUUUUUUUCAUUUGUACUGAUUUCAUAUACAGUGGAUUCUGUCUGAUGUGGACACCAGUUAAUAUUGGCAAAAAUGGCCAGGUCCCAAACUCAAUAUUUAUUAGGGUAUACAAUGGUAAAAAAACUGAAUUAUAUUGGCUUACAGCAAUGCUGUAAAAACUAGAUGUGCAAAGGGUACAUUACACGCUGGCUACGCACCUAGAACUACAAAUUGUGAGGCCUCAAAGGUCAUAUGCUCAAAAGCAUUUGUUGAUUAGAGCUUUGAAGGUUUUGAUUCGCACAUGGGCCUUGAGUGGUCUAGUUAUGGUACUGGCACACGGUUUGAUUUAUGUGGGCAAUAUUUAUUUUAACAUAGUGUUAGAAUAUGUAUUAAAAACUAAUACAAUUAAGUUUCAAUAUAUCUAUGAGAUUGUGUUUAUCAUAAAUGUUAAAAUUCAUUGAAUUUUAAUCCUUAAUGAGAAUUUUUUUAUGAAUUUAAUUUAAUGUAUUGGAGUGUUAUUAAUAGAAAUACAAAAAAUAAUAAUAAAAUAUAAAGCAAAAAAAGAAGGUAUCUUUUCCUAACUCAACAACAAUCAUUUCAGUUAUAACAUAAAUUUCAACAUGAUUAUGAAUGUGUUAGACUAUGUCAUGACCUCUAUUUAUUCCCUCUUGGAAAAAAUCGCGAUUUUGGACAAAAUGAAAUUUCUUCUUCCGGGCACUUUAUAAUGUAAAAUUGCUGAAAAAUUAUACAUCCUGAAAUUAAAUUAUGCAUUAUUAUUUUGUAUUUUUAUUUGUCUAUUAAUUCUAUUUAACCUUUUUUUUUCAAUUUUAUGGCUUACUUGUGCAAAAUAAAAACUUUCCUAUAUUAACAAUGUUGGUGUUUUUGAAUAAAGUUUGGUUUAUAUGACCACCGUUUAAUGUGGACAAAUAGAUUUAGUCCUGUGUCUACCUUAAGCAGAAUCCAUUGUAAAUGGUCUUUCAGUCUUUCAUUUACAUAAUAUAACUCAUAAUAAUUUUUAAGUUAGUAAGAAAAAUAUUUUUUCUAUCUUAGAAUAUCACACCAAAAACAUAUUUCAAGUCACUAUGUACACUAUCCAUAUCUUUAAUUUUGACUAACUCCCGAUAUAUCUGACAAAAUCGUAACAUUUCCAAACAUUUUUUUUUAGUCUGAAUUUUAAAUUCAGUUACAUUAGUAGUGUCUAAUUUA